GCGCAUCUCUAGGUUAUGGUACCAGCGAGGUGGCUCUGAUGAUGGCCCUAUCAAGAGUAUACAUAUGGUCGUGACUGAUGAAAAGGGAAACCAUGCUAACGUGUCAUUGCCUAACGAGGUCGUGGAAAUGUUUGUGGACGAUCUACAUGAGAGAAAUUUAUAUGUAUGUGCCAGGAUCAGUGUGAAGCCCCCUGAGAUGCAAAAUGGAGCCGGCGACCAGCCCUUCUUCCUCGCCCUCAGCCUUGACACCACCGUUGACGCCCCCAAGAGCAGUCGGGCAUCGACGUCGACGCCGGCAAGGCAACAUGCGUUGCUUGUCUUCAUCCAGCAGGUCAUCUUGAUCAAGCUCCUCCACUGGUGGCUCCACAGUUAUCUUGAUCUUGUAGAGCUUGUCCCCUAUACCAAAAAUUCUUUCAGAAGGAAUUUUGGUAUAGUCUUUGCAUCUGAUUUUGAUUCUAACUACCUCAAAGAAAUUCUUGAAAUUUCCUUGCCAGUCCACAUCAGUCAGGGUGCCCAGAACUGA